AUGGGGGAAGGGUCGAGUAAAAGUGCACCGACUCUUAUUUUAAGACAAGUGUUGAUUGGAGGCAGGGAACUUAUGAGUAUGGCUGAUAUUCAUUCGACUCUUCUGGCUAAGGAUAAUAAAUCAAUCGGAUCGCUAGAUGGAGUGGAUGAAGAUCGGUUUGGUAAUGAAUUUGACUUUAAUGACCAAGAGAAUGAGCAGCAAAGUAAUGAAGGCGAAGACGUGUACAGUGAUAAAGAACAAUCUAUAGCAGGGGUAAAUGGUGAAAUGUUUAAUGAUCAGGUACAACGAAAACAAGAGGAAUUGCCACACAACGAAGGUGAUAAGGAGAGUGAUUGUGUCAAAAAUAAAAAUCAAGAAAACAUGCAUGCUGAUCAGGAGAAUGGAAAUUCAAAAGAAAAUGUAAAUCCCAGGUCCAAUGGUGAAGCCGAAAAUAUUUUGAAAGGAAUGAUUCAGAUUUUUCAAGACCUCCUGGAUUUGGAGGGCAGCGAUUUCAUGAUUGGAAUAAUAAGGAUAGUCGGGGUUCCUUCCAAUACUCGGGUAAUGAAAGCAAAAGAGCUUUGA